AUGGAGGCGUUGCAGGGCCUGCACAUCUACCUCUCGCACAUCGAGGGCGGCCUGAACGCGCUGAUCCCCGUGAGCCAGGCGUGCUGGGACGCGGAGUUCUUCGAGGCCGUCAAGUUCGGGCAGGAGAGCAUGCAUCGUAUGCAGUCCUGGGCCGACCAGCAGAUCAAGGUCAGGGCGCCUCAGACUCUGCUGGUGCCGAUGCUUGUCCGAGACUGA